AUGCCCAAGACCGCCGCCGCCAUCCCAACCAAACCCGCCAAGAGCCGUGCUCCUUCACCAGCGAAGCAGACCGGUACUAAAAGUCCCGUCGCUUCCGCCAAGCAGACCACAGCGAACAAACGCCCAAUCACCGUCCUAAAGCCUGCCGCAGCCACGGCUGGCUACGAUGCAAGCGAUGACCCCUCUCGCCUCGUCCUCGACCACAUUCUCGAAGACUCUGGCCGCACCAGCACCAUCAACAACAAUGACACCGACAGUGACGACAGCCUUCCCUCGCCCAAAACGACAACACCGGCGGCUAACCUGCCACCUCCAACCGACUCUGGCUAUACGAAAAUGUCUGCCAAGAGCCGCCGCACUACCCCCCAGUUUUACGCUCACGACCCUCGCUACGCUACCCAUUUCCCACCCCAUAAGCAGCAUCGGCGUGCCACCAAACCCCGUCCCACCAACGCGAACAACACUGCCUUUCAAGGAAGCGAACGGGUUGGCGACGAAACGCCUGAAGACAUCGACAUUGAAGGCUUCUACGCCUUCGACGCUCUACUCGACAAGCAAGAAGACUCGGACCAACCUGAUGAAACCUGGUACCUUGUCAAGUGGCUGCACAAGGUCCCUGGCUUUGCCUCCCUCGAAUGGGUGUUCGAAAGCAAGCUGGACUCCGCAUCGUGCGACAGCGCCAAACUCCUGUUGGAUCCCUACCUCGCUCUCCCAGAAGAACGACGCAACACCACCUCCCUGCUGAUGUGGCGUCUCAACCAACCGGAAUGGCUGAUGAUGUGUGCGAAUUCUGACAGUUCGUGCUUAGCCACCAUUUGUCAGGCCUGUCACCUUCUCGGCAUGGAUUUCUUCUUUGAUGCUGAAGACAUUCUGGACUUCAAGACUUCCUGUGACAUUGCUCCCACUACCGCAAUCCCUCAAGCCAAGCUAAAGGACUUCAUUUUAUACCUUGUUCAGCACUACUUUCUCAAGAUUGACCUCCAAAUCGCCGCUAUCAACCAAGGCACUCACUCCAAGGCCGGGGUCAUCCACGACGUCGUCAAGGCCUCCGAAGAACCUGGAGUGUACAUCCUGAUCACCGAAGAAAAUGACACCUGUCAUGCUUGGGCGUUCCACCGUCAUGAAGACACGUCCGUCUACUUACACGUUCAACGCCUCAUCCGCUUCCAACCCAUUAUGGCGCGCCGCACGGAAGAAAGCGACACCUGCGAUGCUUGGGCGUUUCACCAACAUGAAGACUCGUCCGUCUACUUGUACGACGGCAUGGACGAAGUAGACAUCGCAGACACGUUCACGCGCCCGGCUGGACACCGCCGCAUCGUGUUUCAACGCCUCAUCCGCUUCCAAAGCACUAUCGCUCGCCAAUUCCCCUUCUAG